AUGGCGCUGCAUCGGCCGGUGAGAAGUGGACCUUCCCCGAGGGAGACAUACAUCGCCUUAGCCCCAGGUACAGUGGCAGAUCAUGAGGCCUAUCUCAGUCGAGAUGUCAUCAAAGAGGCACUUGAUCAAAGAUCCAAGUCUAGAAGCCGAUGGGUGGGCAAUAAUCUUGGCACGUACACUUUGCCUGUUGAGUUCACAUCGCUUUUUGUUCGAGCCGGAAUUCAGGCUGAUCGUCAAAGGGCAGGCCCGAUACCUUCUUGCAAGCAUUAUUCUCAUGGUGAAUGUCUUGACAAAAAAGGAUCGAGUGAAGAAAACCCAUGUCCAACUUGCAAGAUCGAAGCAGAUAUCAUACAACAGGCAUUGAACAACAGUGGUGAUGGUGGUAUUUGGGACCUAGUUGUGAAAGCAUACAACCAUCCAAUCGCCAAAUUCCUGAAUUGUAUCAAUCUCGUGUUUUGCGCGCAUUAUUUUAAUUUGGGUGGACCAAUCUUGAGAGAUUUCUUCAACACUCCCCAGUAA